UUAUUUCAAAAAAUCCAUAUCUGGUCACACUGUAUCGCUAAUAUAUUAUUUGGAAGUGCAUUCCAUUUUGGCAAUUCAAUCGAAUUUUUAUCCCGUGUUUUGUGUUGUGUUUUUCCCACAUCAAAUUAAAUCAAUAUGGCAGCUUACACCGAGGAUCAGUUGGCUGAAUUCCAGGAGGCCUUCAAUCUCUUUGACAAUCGCGGCGAUGGCAAAAUCCAGCUCAGCCAGGUGGGCGAAUGCCUGCGUGCCUUGGGACAGAAUCCCACCGAAUCGGAUGUAAAGAAGUGCACACAUCAGCUGAAGCCCGAUGAGCGCAUCUCGUUCGAGGUAUUUCUGCCCAUCUAUCAGGCCAUAUCGAAGGCACGCUCCGGCGAUACGGCCGAUGAUUUCAUUGAGGGAUUGCGUCACUUCGAUAAAGAUGCCAGCGGCUACAUUUCGUCCGCUGAGCUGCGUCAUCUGUUGACCACGCUGGGCGAGAAGCUGACCGAUGAAGAGGUGGAACAACUCUUGGCCAACAUGGAGGAUCAACAGGGCAAUAUCAAUUACGAGGAGUUUGUGCGCAUGGUGAUGAGCGGUUAAGAACGAGAUUCUUUACAAUCUACUGCAACUGCAACUGCAACAACAAUAACUUAAAAUAACAUCAAGAACAACAAGAAAAUGUAAAAGAAACAACCUGCCAUGCUAGCUAGCCGUUCAUUCCGCCAACUCCAAUUCCAAGAUUCCACUUUAUUUAAGUAGCAACAGCAGCAGCAUUAUUAACCUUGUCCUUUUCGUGCCCCAAAUUUGUAUGGGCAACAAUUGCAUAUUGAAUUCCAUCUAAAGACAACAAAACAGUAUCUACACAUCUUUCAGCGCGACUAACACACACCCUAUACAUACACACAAACAAACAAAAACACACACACAACAUUUUACAGGGUAUUUUCCAAAUCCCGAGUCGCGGCGUUUUGCGUAUUAUUCUAAAAAAAAAAAAUGAAAAGAAAAACAAACUAAAAACUAAAUCGAAAACUGUAUCGACAUGGAACACGUUUUUUAUACACCAUACACACAUCUUAACAACAAGUAUUUCGAAAUUAAUGUUUUGAUAUUGUAUAUGCGAGAGUGUAUCGAGCGUGUAUAAUAUGAACUUUAAUAUUUAUGCGCAUUUUGAAGUGUUUUACAAGUGUUUAUUUUUUUUUAAUAAUUUAAUUGUAUUUAAUGAAUAAAACAAAAUGAAAGUA